GCUCUUUACUGGAACAUCAAGAUGGACAUGAAAGAGGAGGAGUGUGAGGCUGACACAAAUACAAUGGAGUUAAGGACUGUCAAUAUUAAGGAAGAGGACUGUGAAGGGGAGCCUUUCAACCCUAACCAGGAGAACCUCUGCAUUAAGGACGAGGAUUAUGAACUGGUAACUGUGGGCAUUAAAGAAGAGGCUGAAGAGAUGUCUUUAAGCAUCGAGAUGCACAAACAUAAAAUUUUGCAGUGUGACGACGUCGAGAUGAGGUCUGAAUCAUUACAGUCUGAUGUAAACCGGACUGAGGAAAUUUCAUCUGUUAGAACUCAGGAAGGUCAACCGACGCCUUCAAAUUGUUCUAAAAUAAGAGUCAAACGUCACUGCUGUUUUGAAUGUGGCAAACAAUUUUCAAAAAAGUGUAAUCUUCAGAUCCACACAAGGAUUCACACUGGGGAAAAGCCAUAUUGCUGUUUGGAAUGUGACAAACGAUUCUGUAGCAGUAGUGAUCUUCGGAAGCACACCAGAAUUCACACUGGAGAGAAGCCAUAUUGUUGUUCUGAAUGUGGGAAACAGUUUUUGAAAAGGAGCAAUCUUCAGACCCACACAAGAAUUCACAGUGGAGAGAAGCCAUACUGCUGUUCGGAUUGUGGCAAACAAUUCUCUCAUCUCGGCAAUCUUCACACCCAUACAAGAAUUCAUACUGGAGAGAAGCCAUUUUGCUGUUCGGAAUGUGACAAACAAUUCUCUGACAGCAGUUCUCUUAGGAAACACACAAGGAUUCACACUGGAGAGAAGCCAUUUUGCUGUUCAGAAUGUGACAAACGAUUCCGUAGCAAUAGUCAUCUUCAGAAACACACAAGAAUUCACACUGGCGAAAAGCCAUAUUUUUGUUUGGAAUGUGAAAAACGAUUCCGUAACAGUAGUGAUCUUCAGAAACACACAAGAAUUCACACUGGCGAAAAGCCAUAUUUUUGUUUGGAAUGUGACAAACAAUUCCGUUACAGUAGUGAUCUUCGGAAACACAGCAGAAUUCACACCAGGACACCCUCAAUGCUUGUAACAAAAUCCAAGCUAAAAAUCAAUUUGCAGUCCCUCUCUUGUCCACCGGUUUUGGAAUAACCAACUGGCUGAAAAAUGAUCUUUAUAAAGUAGACAACAAGGUGAGAAACCUGCUGCUUGCCUAAUUAUAAUUUUAGCAGAACUGGUGUAUUCUGGGGGAUUAUAUCCCAAUAACAGAAAGAGCUUUGGGCCUCACUGAAGUGGACUACACAUGUAGGUUAGCAAACUGGACUACAGGCUUACCUAGUGAACUCUAAGGAACCAAAUGUAAAAAAAAGUGUUUAACCACAAAUCAAGAAAACCCAAGAUUCAAACCUCCAUAUUCAAACUUACUCAUCUGCUUUGACAAAAUGAAUGACAGAAACUCCACCAGUUUGUGCACUGAUGGAUGCUACAGGGUAGAAACAAGAAUUUUAAAAAUUAAACUACUGGAAGAGAAGAAACAAUUGACAAGACUGUAAAUAUAGUGUUAAACAUGCUGCAAUUUUCUGGAACAGCCCCAGGUGGACAAGGAACUUACCCAUGGAAUGUUCAUAAGGGAUUAACUAUGACUAAAAGUGAACACCUAAUCAUGUCCACACAAGAUGGUGACCUGCACACAAUGCUUACUGUAAACUUAUGGAAGUAAGAAAUAAAGCAGUACAACUGAACUGUCCUGACCCAAGAGUGAGGGUUCCCUCCUGUCUUAAUAGUAAGCACACCAAGAAAAUUUUAGAGAAGUUAAUUGGAGAGGAGCACAUUGCUGUUUGGAACGAAACCAACAACAAAAUUGAACGUCACCCUUUAAUCCUUCUGCAUGGUGUUGUGUGGCAUUGAGAAAAGCAUAAGUGGAAGAAGUGAGAUCACAAAGCAGAAGUACAACAGGGGAAAUUACAAAAUGGGAUAUAAACAUGCGAGCAGUUGAACUUCUACAGUGGAAAAAGGAAGAGUUCAGGCAGAAGCACAGAAGUGAAGAAAGUACAAACAACAAGCCUACAGAACAGACCUCUCUGGGGGAAUCCCAAAAAGUGCUGUAGGGGGCUCAGUGACAGCAAACCUGGAAGGAACUUCACCAACCAGGCAAGAGAAGCUGAAAUAUUUUGGAGAAAAGAUGAGGAUGCUCAAGCACACCAUAGAGACGCAACAUGGAUAAGAAAAACACAGACAGAAAAAAGAAAAUGAAAGAAGUGAACUGGCUUGAGGUAAUGGUAAAGGAGCAGAAGAUCAAUUAGGAACUCCUGCUCACUAAAAUCCACUGGCUACAGGCGCCAUACCCAACUUCUUAGUUAAGUACCUAAUGUCCUAGCACCAGUUUAUUGCCAAGUGUAAAAAAUAAGUCAGGAUGUAUAAACUCCCAGACGAAAAUAACAAUUUGUAAUGGAACAGAAGGGAAAUUAAAAGGUCAUAUUGAACAAAAGAGCUAUUGUUAAGAAAAAUAAACAAAUAAAUGAUCACCCAGUGCUGCAAGAAAGGCACAAACCUGAAUGUGGCCUGGAUUGAGUAUAAAAACACCUGGGGCUGCAUGACGCCCAGUGGGAUCCUGAAAUCAUGGAGGUGUGUAAAGUCCACCUUGUUCAGAUCAAUCUCUCCACUCCCACGAUCAACUUUCAGGCAGCUGUGCAGCUUCACUGUGACAAGUGACAAAUCACAAUCCCAACUGUGGAAAAAUAACGAGAGGAGCAUUACAAGGAGACUUGGGAGCUUGGUGUGUAGAACAUCAAACCCAGUAAAGCAUGUGGCCCUCCUGUAAUUUGGGACAGUAAUUCAAUAUCGCCUCUCGAAAUCUGCUAAACCC